AUGGUUAUCGAUGACGAUUACGUCCGCGGUGGUUCUAGCAGUGAUGAAGUGGAGAGGAUAUUGUUCAGGGAGAUCCCGACUGCGGCGAUUGAGACAACAGAAGGCCAAGAAACGUGCAGAGAUAGCGUAAAUUUGAUGACUCCUCUUCGCGCGGAAACUCUUCUGCACGAGCUGCAGGGCUUUCGUGACCACAUGUUCGCGGGUAGCACGCGGUCUCCCUGUGCCGUGUGCGAUAGGCUGACUUUGGUAAGACGUCAUCACGUGAUUUCAGCAAGGGAGAUUCCUAACAAACAACUGUUAAGGGCGGAUGAAGCCCUUCGCAAGCAUGAGAGGGUAAUGGCAACUUUUCGUGGUUAUGCAGGCGACACGGAGCGAGAGUUAGAUACCCUUGUCCUAAGUAAGUUCGGAAUCGAGUCAGAGGAACCGUACAAGAUACAUGUAUGCGACGAGUGUUACCGGUGGUUGGCGAGGAACAGGGUCGGUACCUUACCCGAUGAACUGCAGAAGGCAACGUUCGUCGAGCGAGCCGCUGCGUAUCCAAUUCGCACAAAAGGUCACGUUGUAGCAUUGGAAUCCAGGCGUGUUAACAACAUUCCUGGAACGGCAAAGAGGUCAAUGCGAGGAACAUCUGUGUUUUACGCAAACAACUCGAGCUCCGUCGCGACGGAGUUACCUUUGGCGGCGACUGGUCUGCUGGAUAUGAUCACGGUGGUGCUAGCGGGGAAAAAGAAACCGAAAACUUCGGAUCUUGGUCGUCUAUUGGGCGCUCGUAAAUCAAUGAUCAGGGACAUAAUCGACUACAUGCUCGACAACGAAGAGAAACUUGUCGUCGGGUUUCCUCGGGCGAAAUCUCUUCCUAUCAGUGAGGAGAAUAUCGAUUCGUAUAGCGAGAAUGGGGCUAUCCCAAAGGUGCUGUGGAUCCAGAUUCUGCUCAAUCGGCGAGACAGCUCAUGGAGGAUUGAUCGUUGCUUUUUGUUUUGCGCAGCUGCGAUUCGUUUCAGACACGAAGCAAUUGCAAAUAUGCGAUUCAAGCUGUCGGUUCAACCUAAUUCUGCCAAUGCAGACGCAAUCGCUUCUAUUACCAAAGAGCAUUUACAUGCCAUGGCAGAAGAACUCAAAUCAGGGAAAAAAACCAGCGCGGCUUUUAACAACAGACCCGAGAUAAGAUCUCUUCUUCGGACGAUGCAGGCAGUAUCGGGAGACGCGACGUGGACAGACCACGGAAAGCACAGGGCGCGUACUACAGCACACUCCAUGUCUAUGCUGUUCGGACAGCCGUUCUUCUGGAUGACGGUGAAUCCUUCAGACCUGAACAGUCCCUUCGUCAUGCAUUACGGAGGUCACGACAUCGACCUAUCGUCGACAUGCCAUGAACAAAUGCCAGAUUUCAGAAAACGACUUGAUAUAAUCGUGAACGAUCCCGUGGCUUCAGCCAUUUUUUUUCACGGAACUAUCGAGGCGGUGCUGAAAUAUAUUCUGAGGUUUCAGGCUAACUAUGGCGAUGGUGGGGCGCUAGGCAACAUCAAAGCUUAUAUCGGCAUGACCGAAGAGCAGCAUCGUCUAAUGCUUCACGGUCAUCUCAUGGUAUGGGUGCAUGGGUUCACGAGCCGGGAACAGUUGCGACAAGGCGUUGGGUACAGCCUGAAGAAGCACGCCGAACUAGCCAAGUACAUCGGACGAAUAAUCUACAACCAGGUCAUGUCCGUCGAGGAGGUAGAGUUCGGCCUCUUCAACCAAUCCGAGCCAGUGUACAACAACGUUGUGCUCCCCAACGCGUCACCGUUUGAUGAGGGGUUCGCUCAACAAAACCAGAGCUACGACGUCGACAGCAGAUGGAUUGAUGCGAGAAAACUCGCCGCCCGGAAGAUACGGGAGAAAGCACACCCGCAACGCGAGGUGGACCGAGAGUGGCACGAGACCGCAGCGGCCGUCAAGGUGGCUGGGAAGAAGAAGGCACGAGAGGGCGACCUAUCGUUCGGCACGUUCAACGUAUGCACGCUCGCCUACAGCGGUAGGAACCCCAUCGGUCACAACGUGAUGACCGUCAUGCAGAUUUGUUCCGCGACCGGCUGUGAUGUGAUAGGACUUCAGGAGACCCGACGAGAGGGGCAAGGUUCAAUUGCACACGACGGGUACGUGAUCAUCUGGAGUGGCGCCCGUGCUGGCACCAAGGACAAGAGGGGCGUACACGGUGUGGGCAUAGCGAUCAAGGAGGCCAUGUGGGAGAGUGUGGGCGAGGAAGGUAGGACGGUGGAGUGCAUUAGCCCGAGGCUGAUGAAGGUGCGUCUACAAAUUGGCCGCACCUGCGGAGUAACUUUCGUGGUGAGGUACGCCCCCACGGAAACUGUCCGCACCACCGCGGGCGGUGAUGUUAACGCCAAGGACUCCUUCUGGACUGCUCUCGACGCAGCGAUCCGGGAGGUUCACAGCCGUGACCAUCUCGUGGUGCUAAUGGACGCCAACGCACGCACUGGUAGGAGGCGAGACGGGUGCUGCGAUGCCAAGAUUAUGGGCGCGUACGGACGCGACAUUAUGAACAACAACGGGGAACGACUCCUUGGACUGGCGUCAGACAACCAACUCUCCCUGACCAACACCUACUUCCGGACACCGAAAGGUGGAGUGCAGCACACAUUCCAGAGCUCCAACAAGGGAAAGGAGAAGUACCGCCUCGACUUCAUCCUCAUGCGUCAGGCGGACCGGCGUUUCGUGCGCAAUGUCUCCGUCAAACGUGUCGACUUCAAAGACUCUGACCACAACCUCGUGCUUACGACUGUCCGCCUCCCCCCCCGUGUCGCACCCAACCGACGAGUUCGGGGGAACAGCGGAAGCAGCCGGAUCCGUAUCGACCUCGAGCGGUUGAGGAAGGACAAACACCUACGGGACGCCUUCCAAAACAGGGCCUCCAGCCGCCCUCCGCUCACGGCGCUCAGGCGGCCAACGGGAGAGCCCACCGCCGAGCUGACGGCUACGGUGAUGUCGGCCGCUGCUGAGAGACCGCGCCGCUGGCGAGGUGCGCACAAGGGCGGAGAGGCUGGUACACGAGCGAACCGCAGCACGAGAUCUCUGAAGCGUCGAAGGAGAUUAAGGCGGCCCAGCAGCAACUGCGUGGGGCCUCAAAGAACAGCGCCUGCGAGGCGACCCUGAAGGCGAUGCUCAAGGCGGCGCGGAAGAAGCGCAGCAUCGCGAGGUGGAGAGCACUGGAAAA